AUGAGUAGUGUCUCAGACGUAGGUUUGGAAUGUGCUUUAUGCCAUGAGAGCUAUGCUUCUGAGAAUCGGACACCUCUUAUGCUGCAUGGUUGUGGUCAUACUGUAAGAAUUAAAAUAUUAAAGGCUUGUCAAACGUGUUGCUCAGCUUUAAUGGAUGUCGAUGCACCCAUUGCUCAAGUUGUUUGUCCGUUUGAUCGGACAGUGACAUUACUUACCGAACCAUGUGUGCUUUCUUUGAAAAAAAAUUAUGCUCUGAUUGAAAUAAUUGAAAGACACAAAAAGUUUGCUCGUUCAGAUCAAAACUCACCUUUGUUGACUAAUGAUCUGCCUCCACCUUACUAUCUAAAGGAUAUUCUUCUUGGCAUACCGUGUGAUGAAGAUCCAAGACAUACUGCUAUUAUUUAUUGCAUCGUUUGUGAAAGUAACAUGUGUGCUGAGUGCUCAAAACGAACUCAUUCUGGACGUAUACUUUCGAAGCACUGUCGUGUUCCCGUGAGCGAGAAACCGUUUUCUCGCACUAUGUGUCCAUAUCAUUCUGCAUACGCAAUUGAAUUCGUAUGCCAGGAAGUAGGAUGUUUGGAAAAUAACCGUUUAAUGUGCCUGCUAUGUCGGGAUUAUGGACGUCAUCGCAAUCAUCGACAUUCUUUGCUUGAAGCCGAAGCUGCCGGAUUACGAGAACGAGUUCGUGAAGCACUUUCAGAUUUUAGAAGUUUCAUAGGUGGACUUAAUGGAUGGAAUAUUCGAGUAACUCAAACAGUGGCUGAGAUUGUAGACUUAAAUGAAGGCUCACAUGUGAGUGCGCGGCGGCAAGUGGAAGUACAUUUUCAGCAGUUGCGUGAAGAACUUGAUCUUCAGAAACAAACAGCUAUUGCACGAUUAGAUGCUCAUGUUGCUAAUCGAAUUAAAACUCUUCGGCAGCACCAACAAGAAUUGGCUUUUAUCACUUCACAGGUUACUGCUGUGUCAGCUCAGCUGCAGGAAAGCUCGGAAAUGGAUGAUGCUCGACUUAUUCAGCAGCAAACUGAUCUUAUUAAAAUGCUGGAUGCUGUGCGUACUCAUCAAAGUGAAAUCGCUUCCGCUCCAGGGGAUCUCUCACUGGAUGCAAGGAUAUCCUUUUCAUUCUCUGCUGAUAAUCAAAUUCAUAUGGGUAUCAAUGUCGACAUACGUUUGGUCAUUCUUGGUUUGGAUGGAGCUGGGAAAACUACAAUAUUAUACAAAUUAAAGAGUAACGAGUACAGGCAGCCAACGACAACUGUUGGAUUCAAUGUUGAAACAAUUCAGUAUGAAAGUUUCAAAAUUACCAUGUGGGAUGUUGGCGGUACUCCGAAAUUACGUCGUCUUUGGAAGCAUUAUUUCAUGAAUACUCAAGCAAUUGUAUUUGUUAUUGAUAGUUCGUGUCCAAGCCGAUUUGGAGAAGCACAGAGCGAAUUAGCGCGAAUAUUUGCUGAGCGGCAACUUGUAGAUGCAUGCUUUCUUGUAAUUUUGAACAGACGACAACCUACUAUUGCUAAUCAGCAUUGUGUAGUUAGUUCAGCUGCUAUCGAUCAACUUGUUAUGAACAUAAAUCGAUUUAGUGCUGGGCGAACAGUUCUGAUUCAUCAGUGCAAUGCUGUGACUGGUAUUGGUAUAUGGGAAGCAUUUGAUGCACUCACAUCAAAGCUUUUGUUGAUUCGAAAUCAGAGUGAAAUGUUGGAUGCAGAAGAUACAAGAAAUGAAGUUGAAGAGCCAGAGAUGGAAACACGUACGCAGAAAUCCAAUUUUUAG